AUGCGUUCACAGUUGCUCUUAAUCGCAGCUAUUCUCCACCCCUUCGUGGACGCGAACGUGCGGUUCAGUCAAGAGCUGACCGGGAAAUCCGUUCCGUGUAUGGAGAAGCUAAGAGUGAAAUGGGGGGAUGAUGGCCACUCGCCGACGAUUGAGGAACUGUUGACAUAUACUUUGGACUUGUAUGCCGGAGGCAAUGAUCAAUCGCACUACCGAUCUAUAGCCGGCCUUGUCAGCAACGGGAGGUUCUCUUCAAAUGGGGAGGUAGCCAUGGAGGUCGAGGUUAUCAUUCCCAGGAAUGUUGGCGUGGCAAGUUUUAGCGCGCCUUUCUUCCUCUGUAUGAAUGCCACGCGGCCUGGUUCUGGGUAUACAUUGAGGUUUUCUGACAGGUUUCUGGUCGGAGGAGCGACUGGACAACUGGAUAUUCCAGUUGGAGAAUAUGAGAUGGAAGGCUACGGUACCAGAGGACCGGAACCGUUCAAUUCCUGGGACUGGGACAAGACAAGUUUGGCAGCAGGUACAGUUACAAACACGGUAACCAAGAUAGAGACGAAGAGCGCAUCAUCGCUGCAAGGCGAAUCCACGACGAGUCCAAGCUCAGGCCCACCACCAUCCUCAAGCCAGACCGUCGACAAUACAGCACCACCUCUCUCCGGCGCUCCGUUCCUUCCUCCAGCAGAUGUUGUAGAUGGUGCAACUCCACCACAAGAGAGUGAAGAGCCUCGCCCGACCCACACCCGCACUGAAUCGUCCGGAUCCCCCCCAGCCGUGACUCGAGAAAUCUAUUAUUCCGCCGACUCCAGCCCGCCCCCUCUCUCAACCACCCAAAUCGCUGGGAUAGCCGGUGGCGUUGGAGGCGGCGGCCUUCUGGUAUUCGGCGCGACGCUACUCCUUCUGCUCCGACGGAAGCGUCCCGAGACCCCAGACGAAGUGCCACCGGUUACCUCGCCGGUGAUGAUGACGGAGUAUAAACCGGGAACGGAGAACCCAGCGGGUAUACAUCGGUCGUCUCGGAACCUGGGCCCGAGCAUGAUGAAACCGGUGCCGGUGGCGCCAGGCGAUGUACCGGAGUUGGAGAACCAGCCGACGAGGCCUUUGCAUGUGGUAGAGUUGCCGUGA